GCUUCCAGGAGAAUGUCGCAGGAUGGCACUUCUGUAGCUGUCAACUGGCUGUCAUCUAUCAAGUAGCUGUCAUCUGUUAACUGGCUGUCAUCUGACAAGUAGCUGUCAGAUCCAAGAUGGAGGUGUUGUCUGUGGUUGAGGAGGCCGUGUCACUGGAGCAGCUCGUUGGGGAUCUGUUCCCGGACACGGACGAGCCACUCCCCAUACAUGACUUUGCCGACUUGGAAUUGAGUUUAACACAGAGCGCAUUCACGAAACCCACAGAGUUCCUAACGGAGCACAAUAGGACUGAAAAACAGAAACAGCCGAGUGCGAGCGAGAACAAAGAUUUGCAAUUUUUCUUCGGUACAAUAGAGAGGCAUAGCAACAAACCGUACUCGUGCGACGUGUGCGGAUUGAGGUUCUCGUACAGAAGCUACUUGAACAAACACAAGAAGAGGCACAACGGACAAGAGAACACCUACAGCUGCGAUAGGUGCUUCCUCAAGUUUCCCACGCAGAAACUACUCAAACAACACAAAACGAAGCACACAGUAAUCUUCCAACACUUCUGCAACGCGUGUGAUGCGAAAUUCACCUCCAAGAGUGGACUGAAAGCGCACAAGAAGUUGCACGCGGGCGAGAGACCAUUUCCUUGUGAUUCUUGUCCCAAGAAGUUCACUUCGCAAGUGUACUUGGACAAGCAUAAGAAACUACACUCCUCGGACAAGUCUUUCGCUUGCAAUCAAUGCGGGAAGCGAUUCGCAGCCGAACUGUCCUUGAAGAUACACAAGAGGAAGCACGCGACGACCAGCACCAGGAACUACUACUGCGAGAUCUGCAUGAAGAAGUUCACAUCUGAAGCAUAUCUCAAGAUCCACAAGAAAACACACGCCGGAAACAAACUGUUCAAGUGUAAGGUGUGCAAGAAGAUAUUCAGCUCGGAAAUAUAUCUGAAGAUACACAGACGAAAACACGCCCUGCCUCAAACUGAUGCUGCUUUAUACACUUGUGAUGUAUGCGACAAGGAGUUCAAGUCUCAAAACAUUCUGGACAUACACAAGACGGUCCACACGACGCAUAUCGACAGAUCCUUCAAAUGCGACCUCUGUGGCGUCAAACUACCCACCAGGGAUAUACUGGAGAGACACAAGAGUAAACAUAACGAGCAGAGCCUCCACAAGUGUACAGUUUGCCUCAAAAUGUUCGCGUCGCGGAGGUACCUGAACAUACACUACAAGCAACAUCCCGACGACCGACCCUUCUCUUGUGACAUCUGCUACAUGAGGUUCUCCCUCAACAAAUACUUAAUCGCCCACAAAAAACUCCACAAGGGCGAGAAGAUCAAACUCUACAACUGCAACGUCUGCCACGAGAAGUUCACCGCGAAGAUAUUACCCGAACACAAAAUAACGCACAAGCUCCUCGGCGAUAGACCAUAUAAAUGCGAUCGGUGCCCGCAGACCUUCACACUCACCACCCAUCUGAAGCUACACCAGAAAGUCCACUCCAAGACCACGAUAUACAAGUGCGAGCACUGCCCGAUGACCUUCGACAAGAGGUGGCACCUCCACAAACACGAGAAGUCGCACACCGACAUCAAACCGUACGAGUGCGACAUCUGCCACAUGAAGUUCCGGCACAAGAGUCACGUGACCGUCCACGUCCGAAUACACAUGAACGCUAAACCUUUUCGUUGCAAGGUCUGCUACAGACGGUUCCCCAAUAACAGUGGGUUGAAGCGGCACAAGCUGACUCACAGUAAAGUGAAGGAUAAACCCCACGAGUGUGACGUUUGCGGUCAAGCGUUCGUUCGCAACAGCGAUCUGAAGCGACACGCGCGCGCGCACACCGGCGAGCGGCAGUACGCGUGCGACAUUUGCGACAAAAAGUUCUCGCAGAACUGCAACUUGACGCGACACAAAAAGUUGCACGAGAGUUCACGAGACUAAAUUGUAGACCUUGUAGCUUUCUUCGACUAAAGUUACGCGUUCACCGGAUCGGAAUCGGAGCGUACCAUAAAGUUAAUAUACCUAGCGGAAUAGAA